UUUUCAGUUUCGCAGCUGAGAAUCGUUCGCUGUGGCGCGCAUUUUUUAAUCUUUUAUUAAAACCUGCUUUUUUUUUACAAGAAUUCAAAAUGAUAAAGUGUCUGAUUUUGGGUUGCGUUUCUGCCAAAGAUCCAACAGACGGCUCUGGCGGUGUUCUGUUUUUUGAGUUCCCAAACGACACGGACGUUCGCCGGAAAUGGUGCGACAGCAUCGAAGCUUUCCAGGGCCCGCUGACGGAGUUCACCGAGGUGUGCGAGCGUCAUUUCGAGCCGGAAGCAUUGGUGGAGAAUCGGUACUUGAAAUGGGACGCGGUUCCGACCUUGUUCGAGACCACCGAUUUCAACGGCACAAAGACUCUUCUGGAGGUCAUAAAUGGCUGCGUGGAGCAGGACGGCUCGGGCCAAGUGAGCUGUAGGUUGCAGGAAAAUGACGUCCCGUGUUGCUUUUCCCAGGAAAGGUUCGAAUCCAGAGCACUGUUGCGACAUAUUUGUGAGGCGCACGUUGCUUUCGCUGAGUUUGUUGGACUUUCGGGGGUCAAACGAACAAACCGUAUGAUUUCGACGUGUACCAAUGGUCGCAGCAAGGUAGCACAAUUAACGAAAAAGGUGUUGAACCACGUGAGCAUCGACGAGGAUGGGUAUCGUUGCCGAAUUGAGGGCUCGACGUGCCUUUACUUUCAGCUGAAAAUGUUUCCGAAUAACUUUGCGCGGCACUUUCGGGACAUGCAUCCGGUGAAAGCAUUCGAUAACGGAUAUUUCGAUGGAUUCCGCAGAGAGGAUAUUUGCCUGAAGAAGAAAGUCAAGUUUAUAAAUCGUAACGCAAGGAUCAAAAACACGGUCCGAAGUAAGGUCACGUUUGACGGAACACGCUAUCAUUGCAGCAUUGGCCACUCGCAGUGCGAUUACAGUGUAAAGAUCUUUAACGUUGAAAAACUCCGCAGACAUUUCUGCGAGGAGCAUCCAACCGAAGCUGGCCAGUAUAGACUGUUCAAAACAACACAACGUUUGAUACGUGCAGACUCAGAUCAAGAAUCCCUUCCGCUUAAGUACUUGCAACUGGUGGAGGCAAACGUUGUACGAACUCGGAACGGUAUCGUGCGCUGCCGGAUCAGCAACUCGGAUUGCAGGUACAAGCAACGGGGAUUUGUACCGGGAAGCUUCUACUGCCAUUUUAGUCUUCAUCACCCCGUGGAGGCCCGCGCGAAGGGGUUCUUUGCUAGUGAAGAACACAGUGAACGUGAACCUACGCCAGUUCCAAUGGAAACAGCGGAAGAAUUCAUCACAUCACCAAGCGAUGAUGAUUUAAGACUGACAACUCCAAGCGAUGACCCUUCAUCGUAUUGUCGCUUGUGCUUCUCAAUCGCGCAACCCCUGCGGCCUAUCUUCGCCGGACCGGAGGACAUCGACGGUGGCGGUUUGGUUGAGCUGAUAAGCAACUGUACCAACAUUCGACUUUGCGCCCGAACCGAUUUCCCCAGCUCGAUUUGCUACGAGUGCACGCAAAAGCUGGACGAUAUUCAACGAUUCCGCCAACUGUGCGAAACAUUGGACACGGUUGUCCGGCGGCAAGGCCGAAUGAAGCGGGAUCUUUCGGUUGAAAGUGACGGAGAACCGGAAGUCACGCCAGUCGCCGAUGCUCCACAAGUUGAGACGAUUGCGAAUAGUACUGAUGAUGGUCGGCAGUCGGUGCCAGAAAAGCGGAGGAAUUAUACCGAACUCUCAAUUCGCGAUCAAAUCUAUUUUAAAUGUACCGAUUGUGGCUUUUUGUCAACGAGUGGCGAAAAUGUCAAACGCCACUGGGUUCGGUUUCACACUGGUCGGAAGAAACUGGCCGCCAAAAUCACGUGUUCAGUGACCGGAUGUUCAGACUUUUUCUUCUCGCCCAAAACCCAAAAACAUCAUUUGGAAAUCGUGCACGGCAUUAGAAACAAGGUGAACGUAAAGGUGCCUGAUCGCAUCAAAAUUGAUGAGGCGUACGUUAAGCUAGAGGAGAGCCAAUAUGCUUGCAGGAAUUGUGGGAAACUGUACCCGACGAUUCCGUCCGUGUUGGAGCACUUUAAGCAGAGCCACCGCUGGUCGAAAAUUUAUCGUAAGGAGAAAAUAGCCCAGGAAAGCCCGGUGGACAAUGUAUGCCAAGCUGUGGUCAUCAACGGGGUGUCCUACUUUAAAUGCCGCGAUUGUGAGGUCUUGAUGGUGAAAAAAUCCGAUCUCGCCGUUCAUUGGUUGAAGCAGCAUGGCGAAGGUGCCAACGGAAGUCCCUGAUUGAUUUGGUUCGGUUUCUAGUUUUGAGUGUUUUGAAAGCUUGGAAUAAAAAUCUGUUGAAAUAA